CCCAAGUCCUUCUCCCACGUGUUGAGCAGAAGAGGUCGACCUGGACGUGUCCUGCUCUUGGUAUUUUAGAAGGCUUGGUCCUCUGAGCCAUGUCUAUGUUGGCGGAACCAAGGAGGAAAACACAACAGUGUUUUAUUAAUCCAAGAGGUGACGCCUGGUCAAAAGAUGAAAACAAAUUUGGCCAGAAGUUAAUGGAAAAAUUUGGAUGGUCUAAAGGGAAAGGCCUUGGAAGAGAAGAACAGGGAAUGACUGACUGUAUCAAGGUCCUAACAAAGGACAACAAGAAAGGUAUCGGAUUCAAAGGCUCUGACGACGAGUGGAUCAAGCACUAUGAAGGAUUUGAAAGCGUUUUGGCCAACCUCAACAGUGAUAAUUCCAAGGAGAACUCUGCCUCUAACAGUGCUGCUAACAGUGAUGAUGAGAGUAAGAAUACCUCAUCCUUAGAGAGGCGGUCAAAGGGCUCCCGAGCCAGAGUUCACUACCACAAAUUCACACGUGGCAAAGAUGUGAGCCGUUACAAUUCUGAUGACAUUGCAUGCAUCAUCGGGUCAAAAAGGUCCAAGCAACUUGCAGAUAUUGAGGCAACUCAGAUUAAGGAAGAGGAUGAGGUUGGUCAGCAGGUGAAGUUGAAUGGUGUUACUACUGUUAAAGGUGGUACUGUUCAGGAAUAUUUUGCUGAAAAAAUGGCAAAACUCAAGAUGGCACAGGCACUUCAGCAAAAAAGAGAAGAUGAGGAUAACAGUGAAGAGAGAAGUGAAUGUGAGAUUGGGGCUCAGAAUGGUAGACAAGGUUUUGGCUAUUGUUAUGAAGAACAAACACCAGUUAACGGCAAGGUUUCUUGCAGUUGCUGAGAAUUUAACAAUUGAGAACUGUCAUGAGGAAGAGGCUGAGAAACUUCACAUUGAUGAUAAUGAAAAGGAGAAAAAGACAAAACACAAGAAAAAGAAGGCAAAUUUGGAUGUAAUGAAAGCGGAGGAAUUGCCAACUGAGAACAACUGCAAAACAGAACCUGAUAACAUGCAGAGUGAAAAUGGUGUCAGAGGAGUUACCCACAGAAAAUGGUUGUGAAAGAGAAUCUGCAAGUGUGGAUGGUCAGAAGACAGAUGAGGAACGAGGAAAUGAAGAGGAAAUAAAUGGAGUGGAAGAUGCAGGAAAUGAAAUACAAAAAUCAAAGAAGAAAAAGAAGAGGAAGAUAGAAGAAAUUGAUGGAGAUAAUGAGGAAAGCAGUGUUACUGAACCACAAUCCAGUGAAAAGAAAAAGAAGAAGAAAAAGAAAAGCUUAUGCCAAGAAGAAAUUCAAGAAGAGAAUUGUAGCGAACCUUCAGUUGAACUUCCUGAAGUCGUGCCUCAAGACUGCUCAGAUGUGGGAGAGGCAAAAAUUGGAGAAGAAACUGUGCAAGAGGAGGAAUCUGUGCCAAAAAGGAAGAAGGGAAAGAAGAAGAAACAAAAGAGAAAUGCAGACAAAGAUGAGAACUCUCCUUCAGAAAAGGGUGAGGCUCUGAGUGUGGAGGAAAAGGGUCAUUCAAGCACAGCAGAAGGCAAAAAGGAGGGAGCAGAGAGUGAGAAGACAAAUAAUUCUGAAGAUAAAUCAGAUGGAAAGAAAAGAUGACUAGAGCUGGACUUCGUAGAUCUUGCUGUCUCUGAUGUGAUUACAAAAGAUCCAACAUCAUUUGCUGAAGAGAUUAAAAGAAAAAAAGCAAA